GCGAAAAUAAAAAACGUGAAUUUAAAGUUAGAGAGAGAUGGGAAAAGCUGGAGUAGCCAUCGUGCUAUUGUUGUGUCUGAUUGUGACGGCCACCGCCCAACAAUGCGGUCGACAAGCCGGUGGGAGAACAUGUUCCGGCAACCUCUGCUGCAGCCAAUACGGGUGGUGCGGCAACACCGAAGAAUACUGUUCACCCUCCCAGAACUGCCAGAGCAACUGCUGGGGCGGCGGUGGUAGCGGCGGUGGAAGCGCGUCGAAUGUCCGUGCCACGUAUCAUUACUACCAACCGGAGUUACACGGGUGGGACCUGAACGCCGUGAGCGCUUAUUGCUCGACUUGGGAUGCCGGAAAAUCCUACGCUUGGCGCAGCAAAUAUGGGUGGACGGCUUUCUGUGGCCCCGUUGGACCCACCGGCAGAGACUCUUGUGGAAAGUGCCUGCGGGUGACGAACACUGGAACGGGAUCGCAGACAACGGUGAGGAUUGUUGAUCAAUGCAGCAAUGGAGGGUUGGAUUUGGACGUGGGAGUGUUCAACCGUUUGGACACUGAUGGACAAGGGUACCAACGUGGACAUUUGAUUGUUAACUAUGAGUUUGUGGAUUGUGGGGACAACAACCUUAACCUCGUCCUCGAUACUCCUAAGUGAAUGUAGCAGAGUUUCAUGUUGAACUUUCUUAGUUUCUACUUCAAUAAAUGUUAUGAUACUGCUGCGGACACAGUGAGUGACGCAGAAAGUAGUUCAAAACUGUAUCUUGGUUUUAUGGAUUCUUGAAAGUCCCACAUCAAGAAAAAGAAGAAGAAGAGUUAUUGGUUACUUA